UGUCACCACAGCAGAAAUUCCUAGUAAGAGUUCUGAGGAAAACUUCAUGUUACGAAAUUAUAAAGUAGAAGAUGAAGAUAUAAUGCAGCGCUCUUCAGGAGAAAACCUAAAUGUUAAUCCAGCACUUCACAGUACAGAAUUAUCAUAUAAUGAGGAACCUUUUCCUGAACAAUCGCACGUUGUUAUCACAGGUACGGCUCAGAAAUUGGGUAAAAGACUUCAGUGUGGUAAACAGUUCACAAAAAGCUUGGACCUUUCUACACAAAAAAGAACUCGCACAGAGGAGAAGCCAUACUCCUGUUCAGAAUGUGGGAAGUGCUUCACAUAUAAAUCAAAUUUUAUUGUUCAUGAGAGAAUUCACACAGGAGAGAAACCAUAUUCAUGUUCAGAAUGUGGGAAAUGUUUUACACACAAAUCAGAUCGUGUUAAACAUGAGAUAAGUCACACAGGUGAGAAGCCAUAUUCAUGUUCAGAAUGUGGGAAAUGUUUUACACAGAAAGCACAUCUUAUUACACAUGAGAGAAGCCACACAGGAGAGAAGCCAUAUUCAUGUUCAGAAUGUGGAAAAUGUUUUACACACAAAUCAGUCCUUGUUAAACAUCAUAGAUUUCACACAGGAGACAAACCAUAUUCAUGUUCAGAAUGUGGGAAAUGUUUUACACAGAAAGCACAUCUUAUUACACAUGAGAGAAGCCACACAGGAGAGAAGCCUUAUUCAUGUUUAGAAUGUGGGAAAUGUUUUACAAUUAAAUCAGUCCUUGUUAAACAUCAUAGAUUUCACACAGGAGACAAACCAUAUUCAUGUUUAGAAUGUGGGAAAUGUUUUACACAGAAAUCAAAUCUUGUUACACAUCAGAGAUUUCACACAGGAGACACACCAUAUUCGUGUUCAGAAUGUGGGAAAUGUUUUACAAAUAAAUCACAUCUUGUUACACAUGAGAGAAGCCACACAGGAGAGAAGCCAUAUUCAUGUUCAGAAUGUGGGAAAUGUUUUAGAAGUAAAUCACAUCUUGUUAUUCAUAAGAGAAUUCAUACAGGAGACACACCAUAUUCAUGUUCAGAAUGUGGGAAAUGUUUUACACAAAAAUCAGGUCUCGUUAACCAUGAGAAAAGUCACAAAGGAGAGAAACCAUUUUCACAUAUUUUAACAUAUCAUCAAGUUAUUGAUGGACCUUAAACAGCCAAUAAGAAUAUUUUUAUUUUUGGUUACAAUUAUUCUGGAUCUCCCAGAUGUCCAAAUUAAUAUUUCUCUGAUGUAAACUGUGACUGAGAUCCACAAAGGAAAAGUGUUGUGGAUAUAAGGAAGAGAAGAAGAGCUUUGUUUACUUCCAGAGCAGUGAAGAUGAAUUGUCCCCAUGAACCUUGCUUCUUAUCACUGUAUUCACACCUCCACCCACACUGUGGGAGAGUCCAGAGUGACAUGGGGAGAAGUAACGACGCUCCAUGGAAUUGUUUUAACAGUAUUUAAAUGGACUCUCCAGACUUUUUGGGAGAUCAAUCCUUUCUUCUAUCCUGUGGAAGAAAGAUGUUUUAGUUAGCACUU